AUGGUGAAUCUGGAAGCUGCCACCACUGCUGCAGCCCUCAGAACCUGCAACUUCUGCCAGAGGAGUCAAACCAUCAUAUCCCCUACAAUCAUAUCUCUUUAUUUCCCUCAAAAAGCAUGUGGGUUCUCAUGUCACACAACCUGUGUAGAAAAAGCUCCAAAAACUUGUCCCGUGCCUUUUCAUCAGAAGAAAGGUGCCUUCUGUCUAGACUCACAGAAAGGCAUGGGAACAGCCUAUGAAGGCCAUGUCUGGAUUCCAAAGAAAGCAGGGAUGAAAAAAGGAUGGCAGAGGGCAUUGGCUGUAGUGUGUGAUUUCAAACUCUUCCUGUAUGAUAUGGAUGAAGAAGAAGACUCAACACCCAAUGUUGUAGUUAGUCAAGUGAUUGACAUGAGGGAUGGAGCGUUUUCUGUUAGUUCAGUCUGGCCCUCUGAUUUUAUUCCUGCAAGGAGAAAGGAAAUGCCUCGUAUGUUUAAGGUCACAGCUUCCCAGCUCUCAGCACCUAGUAAUAGAUAUUCAAUCCCAAUCUUAGCAGAUAGCGAGAAUGAGAAGAGUGAGUGGGUGAGCGUGCUGAGUGAAUUGCACAAAAUAUUGAGAAAAAGUCAUUCCGGAGACCGCUCAGUCUAUGUUCUGAAAGAGGCUUAUGACAACAAUCUACCCCUGAUCAAAACCACCCAGACAGCUGCAAUCAUAGAUCACAAAAGAAUCGCUCUGGGAAAUGAAGAAGGGUUAUUUGUUGUCCACGUUACCAUAGAUGAAAUUAUUCGCAUUGGCUACAUGAAGAAGAUUCACCAGAUUGAGCUUAUCCCCCAUGGCCAGAUGGUUGCAGUGAUCUCAGGACGAAGUCACCAUGUGCAGCUGUUUCCCAUGUCAGCUUUGGAUGGACGAAAGACUGAUAUUCACAAGCUGGCAGAAACCAAAGGGUGCCAGACCGUGACUUCUGGAACAGUGUGCCAAGGGGCCCAUACAUGCCUCUGUGUGGCUAGGAAAAGCCAAAUCUUCUGUUACAAGCUGUUUCAGAGCAAGAAAAUUUCUCACAGAAAAUUUAAAGAGCUCCAAAUCCCAACCAAUGUCCAGUGGAUGGGCAUCUUCAGCGAACAGCUCUGUGUAGGAUUCCAAUCAGGAUUCCUGAGAUACCCCUUGAGGAGAGAAAGAAUUCCAUACAGGAUGCUGCACUCCCAUGACCCUACACUGUCAUUUAUUGCACAUCAACCAGUGGAUGCUCUCUGUGCAAUUGAGAUCUCUAGUAUUGAGUAUCUGUUAUGUUUUAAGAGCAUUGGAAUUUACACUGACAGCAGGGGCCUCAGAUCUAGGCCAGCUGAACUGAUGUGGCCAGCAACUCCAAGUUAUUGCUAUUCGUUAAGUGAGAUGAGAGGAAGGCUCAUCUUUGGUCUAUCUUAUACUGAACCAAGGGCCAGCCAUGACCAAGCACCUCCACCUAAGGGAGCAGCACCAAUUUCGUCAGGACUUUCUGCCAGCCAUGUGACUCACAGGGUCUUGGUGCUCCGGCCGGGUGUCAGGCCUGUGCCUCUGAGGUGGGAGAGCCGAGUUCAGGACAUUGGUCCACCAGAGACCUCCUGGCUCCACAUAAUAUCAAACAGUGAAAGCUCUCCCAGAGAUCUCCAUCUCGACGCUAAGACUCAGCUCCACUCAAAGACCAGCAAGCUACAGUGCUGGACACCGUAUGCCAAACAACUAGCAAGACAGGAACACAACCCCACCCAUUAGGAGAGAGGCUGCCUAAAAUCAUAAUAAGGACAUAGACAUGCCAAAACAGACCACUGGACGUGGUCCUGCCCACCAGAAAGAACACAGGCACUAGUCCCCUCCACCAGGAAUCCUACACAACCCACUGAAACAACCUUAGCCAUUGCGGGCAGACACCAAAAACAAUGGGAACUACGAACCUGCAGCCUGCGAAAAGGAGACACCAAACACAGAAAGUUAAGCAAAAUGAGAACACAGAGAAGCAAACAGCAGAUGAAGGAGCAAGGUAAAAACCCACCAGACCAAACAAAUGAGGAAAUAGGCAGUCUACCUGAAACAGAAUUCAGAGUAAUGAUAGUAAGGAUGAUCCAAAAUCUUGGAAAUAGAAUGUUGAAAUUACAAGAAACGUUUAACAAGGACCUAGAAGAACUGAAGAGCAAACAAACAAUGAUGAACAACACAAUAAAUGAAAUUAAAUAUUCUCUAGAAGGAAUCAAUAGCAGAGUAACUGAGGCAGAAGAACGGAUAAGUGACCUGGAAGAUAAAAUAGUGGAAAUAACUACCGCAGAGCAGAAUAAAGAAAAAAGAAUGACAAGAAUUGAAGACAGUCUUAGAGACCUCUGGGAUAACAUUAAAUGCACCAACAUUUGAAUUAUGGGGGUCCCAGAAGAAGAAGAGAAAAAGAAAGGGACUGAGAAAAUAUUUGAAGAGAUUAUAGUUGAAAACUUCCCUCAUAUGGGAAAGGAAAUAGUCAAUCAAGUCCAGGAAGCACAGAGAGUCCCAUACAGGAUAAAUCCAAGGAGAAACGCAGCAAGACACAUAUUAAUCAAACUAUCAAAAAUUAAAUACAAAGGAAAAAAAUUAAAAGCAGAAAGGGAAAAACAACAAAUAACAUACAAGGGAAUCCCCUAAGGUUAACAGCUGAUCUUUCAGCAGAAACUCUGCAAGCCAGAAGGGAGUGGCAGGACAUAUUUAAAGUGAUGAAAGGGAAAACCUACAGCCAAGAUUACCCUACCCAGCAAGGAUCUCAUUCAAAUUCGAUGGAGAAAUUAAAACCUUUACAGGCAAGCAAAAGCUAAGCUAAUUCAGCACCACCAAACCAGCUUUACAACCAAUGGUAAAGGAACUUCUCUAGGCAGGAAACACAAGAGAAGGAAAAGACCUAUGAUAACAAACCCAAAACAAUUAAGAAAGUGGUAAGAGGGACAUACAUAUUGAUAAUUACCUUAAAUGUAAAUGGAUUAAAUGCUCCCACCAAAAGACAUAGACUGGCUGCAUGGAUACAAACACAAGACCCAUACAUAUGAUGUCUACAAGAGACCCACUUCAGACCUAGGGACACAUACAGACUGAAAGUGAGGGGGUGGAAAAAGAUAUCUUUCUCCUCACAAUAGGGUCACCUUAUUUUUGAUAAAGGAGGCAAGAAUAUACAAUAGGGAAAAGACAGCCUCUUCAAUAAGUGGUGCUGGGAAGACUGGACAGCUACAGGUAAAAGAAUGAAAUUAGAACACUCCCUAACACCAUAUACAAAAAUAAACUCAAAAUGGAUUAAAGACCUAAAUGUAAGGCCAGAAAGUAUAAAAGUCUUAGAGGAAAACAUAGGCAGAACACUCUUUGACAUGAAUCCCAGCAAGAUCCUUUUUGACCCAUCUCCUAGAGAAAUGGAAAUAAAAACAAAAAUAAACAAAUGGGACCUUAUUAAACUAAAAGCUUUUGCACAGCAAAGGAAACCGUAAACAAGACAAAAAGACAACCCUCAGAACAGAAGAAAAUAUUUGCAAAUGAAGCAACUGGCAAAGGAUUAAUCUCCAAAAUAUACAAGCAGCUCACGCAGCUCAGUAUCAGAAAAACCAACAACCCAAUCCAAAAAUGGGCAGAAGACCUAAAUAGACAUUUCUCCAAAGAAGAUAUACAGAUUGCCCACAGACACAUGAAAGAAUGCUGAACAUCACUAAUCAUUGGAGAGAUGCAAAUCAACACUACAAUGAGGUAUCACCUCACACCAGUGAGAAUGGCCAUCAUCAAAAAAUCUGUAAACAAUAAAUGCUGGAGAGGGUGUGGAGAAAAGGGAACUCUCUUGCACUGUUGGUGGGAAUGUAAAUUGAUACAGCCACUAUGGAGAACAGUAUGAAGGUUCCUUAAAAAACUAAUAAUAGAACUACCAUAUGACCUAGCAAUCCCACUACGGUGCAUAUACCCUGAGAAAACCAUAAUUCAAAAAUAGUCAUGUACCACAAUGUUCAUUGCAGCUCUAUUUACAAUAACCAGGACAUGGAAGCAACCUAAGUGUCCAUCAACAAAUGAAUGGAUAAAGAAGAUGUGGCACAUAUAUACAAUGGAAUAUUACUCAGCC